GGCGGGGCAUAGUGUGAACACAGGAAAUUGAAACUUACCCUGUUACGCUGCCCAGAGGGAGCCAUGGCUGCAGAGAACCACGUGGAAAGUCUCCAGGAGGAAGCGACAUGUCCCAUCUGUCUGGAGUAUUUCACACAACCUGUCAGUCUGGAGUGUGGGCACAAUUUCUGCCGAGCCUGCAUCACCCAGUGCUGGGAGGGAACCGCUACAGCCGCCUCCUGCCCUCAGUGCAGAGAAACUGUGCUACAGAGAAACCUCAGGCCCAACAGGCAGCUGGCAAAUGUUGCAGAAAUAGUAAAACGGCUGAGUUUACAGGCAGCAAAGGGAACAGGAGGGGAUGGGGUGUGUGGGGAACACCAGGAGGCUCUGAAACUGUUCUGUGAAGAGGAUCAAACCCCCAUCUGUGUGGUGUGCGACAGAUCCCGGGCUCACCGCACUCACACUGUGGUUCCCAUACAGGAAGCCGCCCAGGAGUACAAGGAAAAAAUUCAGGCCUAUUUGAAGGCUCUGAGAGAAGAGAGAGAAAAGCUGCUGGGAUUUAAAGUGACUGAAAAGGGGAAAUGCCAAGAGUAUCUGAAACAAACACAAACCGAGAGGGAGAAGAUUGUGUCCGAAUUUCAGCAACUGUGGCAGUUCCUGGAGGAACAAGAGCAACUCCUGCUGGCCCAGCUGGAGAAGCUGGAUGAGGAGAUUGUGAGGAUCCAGAAUGAAAAUGUCAGUAAACUCUCCGAGCAGAUUUCCCAUCUCAGUGAGCUGAUCAGUGAAAUGGAGGGGAAAUGUCAGAAACCAGGAAGUGAAUUCCUGAAGGACAUCAGAAGUACCUUGAGCAGGUGUGAGAAGGGGAAGUUCCAGCAGCCAGAAGAGAUUUCUGCUGAGCUGGAAGAGCAAGUCAGUGGUUUCUCCCAGAAAACUAUUGCGCUACUGGAGGCUUUAAGGAAAUUCAAAGACACUCUGCCAUCUGCACUGGAGAGAAAAAAGGGGCAACCACUAGGAGCACACAGACAGGCUAAUGUGACUCUGGAUCCAGACACGGCUCAACUCCGCCUCGUCCUGUCUGAGGAUCGGAAAAGUGUGAGAUACGGAUACACACGGCAGGAUCUCCCCGACAACCCUCAGAGAUUUGACGUUGACUUCUGUGUGCUGGGCUGUGAGGGAUUCACCUCAGGGAGACAUUGCUGGGAGGUGGAGGUGGAGGAUGGGCAAUGCUGGGCUGUGGGGGUGGCCAGAGAGUCUGUGGGGAGGAAGGGAGGGAUCAGCUAUAGCCCUGAGGGGGGGAUCUGGGCUGUGCAGCGAUGGGUGGGUCAGUUCCAGGUUCUCACUUCCCCUGUGACCCCCCUGCCCCUGAGAUGGGUCCCCAGCAGGAUCCGGGUUUGUCUGGACUGUGACCGGGGGCAGGUGACAUUUAUUGAUGCUGGUGACGAGGCCCUGAUCUUCACUUUCCCGCCGGGCUCCGUCCCUGGGGAGAGAAUCCGACCCUGGCUCUGGGUGGGAUACCGAUCCUGGCUCUGCCUGUGUCCAUGAGACAUACAGGGGAGGGGCAGGGGAAUAGCUCUCUAGGAGCCCGGAGAUCAGCCUCUCUAACCUCACACACGCUUGUCUCUGUGACCUCUCCCUGUGGAGUUUCUAUCAUGCCAUCACUGUGACCCUGGAGGUUGUUUCCAGUCUCAACUCUGCACCAUCUGGACUGUCAAACCAUAGAGAGCAUUGAGUGAGUGAGGUAGAGAAGUGAAUCGCAUCACUGCCCCAGGGAUUGUGCAGCCUGUUUGCCGCUGUCCUCUAAGAGCCAGGAGGACUCUGGGGAUCCUGGGUCAGACAGUGCCACUGAGACAUGAGGGGGAACAGCCCACUGGGAAUGGAAAAAUGGGUUUCUCUAGCCAAGUAAUCCUAGUCCCUAUGGCCUGAAGGACUCCUGUCUACCCAACCCUCUGGUCUCUUAGCUCUGUGACCCCUGGAAGCUCCUCCUGCCUCCCUCCCUCCCUGCAGCACGAGGGAGGGGGAGGGGGAAGAACUUCUGGAGUGCAGGAAAAGGGACCCCGAGGGGCAGAUGUGGAGGCUGUAGGGUCGCAAUUGUUGGAGGGGCUGGGGGCAGAAGUGAUAUGGGGUUGGGGGGCAGAAUUAAUGUGGGGCUGGGAACAAGCAUAUGUGGAGUGGCAGAGACACAUAAUUAAUUAAUUGGGAUUUGGUGUUUUCUUAGAAUGAUAGAAUAUCAGGGUUGGAAGGGACCUCAAGAGGUCAUAUAGUCCAACCCCCUGCUCAAAGCAGGACCAAUCCCCAACUAAAGAAGAAGAAGCUGGAAGCUCCGCACCAGCCGGGAGCCUGGGAGAAGGAGACCCAGGGACUGGCGAGUGUGCAUUCAUCCCCAUAUCCAGUAGAAAUGAGUUGCUAGCAUAGACACUUCCUACAUCAAUAGACAGAGUUUUACCAUCAAUGCAGUAAAUCCACCUUUAGGAGAGGCAGUAGCUAGGGCAACAAAGAAUUCUUCCCUUGACCUACUUGCGUCUACAUCAGGGGUUAGAUCAACCUCACUACAUCACAGAGGGUUGAUAGUUUUCAUAGCUCUGAACAAUGUAGCUAGGCUGACCUGAGUUUUAGGUGUGGACCAGGUCUCAGGAAGAAUAGUGGUAUACCUACACUACAGUCGCUACUACAGCAGAGCUCCAACGUUACAGCUGUGUCGCUGAAGUGCCAUAGUGUAGAAGCAUCCUGCAUUGACGGAAGUGUUUUUUCCAUUGCUCUAGUUCAUUACUGUUUCUGAGAGACUGUAGCCAGGUCACUGGAAGAAUUCCAUUGUCUACACUGGGGAGUUAGGUCGAUCUAGCUGUGGCACUCAGGGCACACAGUGUUUCACAGCCCUGAAUAACAUCGCCAGGUUGAUCUAAGUGUUAAGUGUAGAGAAAGCCUAAGAGGGGUUUCCCUGGUGCUAGCUGAAAACAGAUAGGCUGAGGGAUUGGCUGGCAGCUUGGUGUGUGAGAGACAGAAAGCCAAGAGAAGCAGUCGUGAGUGUGACCAUGGCAGGAAACUGAGACAGAACUUGCUUCAGGCACAGAGUUCCCUGGAAAGGCUGAUGUGGAGUUCUGAGUAAAGAAACUGCCGGCUUCUAUUAGUUUCUACCGUGCUCAGGACACAGACGUGUGGAUGUUCUUUGUAAAUAAUAAAGCUUGCACCAAAGAAAAACCUGACUCCUAUAAUCAGUUUCUCCUCCCAGUGGAAGAACCUAGCAAGGCCCCAAAUACUGGCUAACUGCUGAGGUCAAAGGAGCAAUGGUGCAACCCAUGUCAGAACCUAGAGCUAUGGUGGCAAAUGUGUUGGUGGGAAACAUUUGCAGGGAGCUCCAGCAGCAAACAGCCUGUGCAGUUUUGUGUGCUGAGCAGUCCUCAUUGUCCCUUCUCUCUGAGCUGAUACGCAUCUCCCCAGACGCAGGCAAAACCCAAACUAGGAUCCCUGGCUCAUAUUUCCCCCUGCAGACCCAGUUCACACAGUGAUUAUGGGCUCAGCAUUGGCCCA